GUACGCGGUGAGCUUCCAACACUAGUGGUUUUCGCGCGCUUUUCGCGUUCACUUGCCUUUGUGCGUUUUGGCUACAACACUACCGUCGUACACAUACGUGCGAAUUUUUGUGCAUAUUAUUUUUUUUGUGUGAUAUAUUUUAUUCAAUUUUAAAUUUUGUUAUUUUUUUUUAUAAUUGAUUCACGAAUGUUUGCCUCAAGAUGUCAAUUGUGUUUAUCUUUCUAAUUUUUAAUUUGAUUGGAACACUGAGAGCCCGCCAGCCGGACAUAGACAUCAACAGAAUACGACUUUUACCGAAAGAAGGGUUUCACAAUCGACCAGCAAAUUAUCACAGUCGUCGUUCCAUAAUAACAGAUCACAACAGAAGAAAUGAUUAUGACUAUUAUAGCAGCCGGUUCACCAAGUUACGGCCGUCGGUGCACUUUCGGUACGAUACCGCGCCACUUACCGAAGAGAAGGCGGGUAAAGUGUACCAACCAAGAGAAGACCCGCGGCUCUUCUAUCAGUCUGAUGCAUAUAUUAAAGAAACUAAUAGGAAGAACUUGAGCAAUGAAGUAUCUUCCAUCUACCUCGGACGGGGAGUAGUGCGCGCCGACGAAGUCAAUCGUAGAAGAUCGGUGCCAAUUCGCAUGCGAGAUAAUGAGCAAAAUAGCAUCUAUGAAGAUAUCUGCGUGCGGUGUCCUCCUGACAGAACCUUGAUUACAAAACCUGGUGUUGAUCGUGCAGUGUUACAACACCCGAGGCUAUUGUCAUGUUCUGGACGAAAGGCCCCUAGAUAUGUCCGUUUCGUCCACAUGUACGGGCCUAAAUUCGGUUCUUUACUGAAAGAGGGCUCACACAUGAUCGUCGGACGAAUCAUGCAUAAAGACGAAAUUCUCCAAACAUGUAAAAUGCAGAUACAUGUUCUGGUACAAUCUUGUACGGUACCCAAGUAUUUAGUGCCUCAUUGUGGAGCUGAAAAUAAAGUGUGCAACUUUACAUGUCGCGAUCCUAAAGCUGAAUUACGAGGACAAAGGACACUAACAUGUGGUGACGACAUGAGGUGGUCGGGACAUUUGCCAGUCUGCAACACUCGCACGUGGUGUCAGCCACCGCCGCCCCCUGAACAUGGUCGAGUCAGUUGCAAAGGUAUGACGUCACCGAAUGGUUGGGGGCUCAAUGAUGGCGCCAUUUGCCGAGUCCGGUGUGCACGCGGCUGGAAAUGGACCAGCCGGUCUAUGGCAGUGUGCAGACGUGGUUCUUGGACUUACCAUCUAGGAUGCUCGCCUAGGCGCGGGAAAUAGAAAUAAUUAAAUCUUAAUUAUUUAACUUUAUGAUUAGAUUAAGUAGGUUAGGUUACUAGUAAUAUGUCUUUGAAUAUUGGGCGUGCCAUAUUUAAUAAUGAUGUGAAGUGUUUGUAUUGUUAGUAUUGUACCUACCUAUGUAUAAAGUUCGAUACAGCUACGUAAUUACUUAAUUAAUGGAACUAAGAAUAUGUUAUUAAGAAAUAAUAAAUUUUAUAUAGGUACCUUUUUUGAAUAAUUUUAUUACUUUACCAUGAACAUGUUUCUUGUAGAAAUAUUUUUAUGUGAUACUCAUUAAAAGUACCAACUUAAUAAAAUAAAUGAUUUAAAAUUAUAA